AAACUUGGGCUGACGAGCAGAGGGAGUACGACAGGACACGAGAUGGGAGAGUGAAGUGGUGAGAAAUCAUCUUGCCCUUGUAACUACAGUUAACAGAUUGUAGUUAACACAGUGCUCAUUUGCAAGUCAGUUUUCAAAGAAUAGUGUUAAGUUAUAACUUGUAUAAAAAACGAAUUAUAAUAAAUGAAACUAUAUAAACAAAAAAGUGAUCCCGGGGAAACGAAUACUGUAUACUGUAAGUGACUUCAAAACUCAUAAUACUUUGUGAAAGGUGAUUCUAACCUAGAUAAGGAAGACAUUUGUUAAACACAAUGAAAAAAAAAUAGAUCUAAUUGAAUAGAGCAAAUUUUAUGCAACAUUUAAAGGCUGUAACACAAUGGCAGACCUUACACAAAAGCAAGAGGAGCUUCUCACCGAAGUUACAAAUUGUCUAAAGGCACUUCUCACUGCUUUUGGUGGGGAGGUCCAGAUGGAUAAACUUGGCUCUGAAUACAGAAAAGUGGUAGGGACGGACAUUCCCUACAGGCAGUUAAAUCAUAGUACUAUAGCCAGUUUCCUGCAGUCAAUUGACAAGGUUGCGACCUUAAAAAAUCGAGGUGGGAUUCUCUAUGUGCAAAUGGUGAAUGAUAAAAGCGUGGACAACAUCCUGAAAAUGGUACGAGAACAGAAAACUUCAAGGGGAUCUCGAAAACAUUUUAAGCCUGCACGUCAGCCAAGAGGUCCAUCUGCUUGGCAACCAGGAGCACCUCGUGUCGGCCCACGUUAUGGACCCCCAGUAGAUGGGGCUUUUAGAGUCAGAAGGGGACGCACUGAGCUAGCUCCUAAACCAAACAAUCCAAAGCCAAAUAAUUUACCUGGACCAAAGCAUCCUCUAAUCCCAAAUAUACCUUAUUCAGCUUCUCAUAUUGCAGCUUCAAAACAGCAUCCUACCUUCAAACCUAAUCUACCUCUACAAUCUGAAACAACUGAAGCUAAACACAGUAACCAGGCCUUGAAACCUGGACAGUACUAUAAUGAUGGAAACUGGAAUAUUCCUCGUACCAUCCGAGGAAACCAAGAAAAGCAGUUUGCUCCAUAUUAUGUGGUUCCACCACGUUUCACCAAUAAUGCCAAAAAUACGGAAAGUAAACCAAUAGAAAAGACAAAUAAACAGAAGUUACAAGAGGAGGUGCAGAAAUUAAAUGAAGAACAAAAGCCUGUCUUUCGCACAAUUCCUUGGGGAAAAAAGAAGCAGAACUGGUUGUCUACUGUGAGCAUUGGUAAGAUAAAAGUGAGCAGCUACCCAGAGGAGAUGGAAAGACCUGAGGAUGCAGAAGAGUUGGUGGCUAAAAAUGCAUUGCCAUUAAUUCAGCAACUUAUUAAACAAAGCCUUCCCAUCACAACUAAUCUUGAAGUAUCCCUCCAAAGGGUUAAAGUGCUAUUAAAAAAAGAAAACAUGUGGUGGCCACGGGUACAAGAGCUUUAUCAAGAUAAGUACCAGGAGCAGUUGCCUGAAGACUACUUUCAGAAGAUCCAAAAUCAUGACAACUGUGGCAUCUUCGUUGAAAAUCUCUGCUCUGAUCGUUGGGUUCUCAGGCUGGCAGAAGAGGUGAAUCAAGUUCAACCAUCCAGUGUGCUUCCAGAGUCUGGUCAUUGUAAUGUUCUGCCACAAGAGAAACAACAAUAUCAUGGUCAACCACAUCUUCAUUCUCCUAAAAUGAGUGAAGAACUAUGUGCAAGUACUAGAAAAGAAGAACCACAAUUGCCACCAAUAAAACUCCCCUGUGGGAAUUUUUGGGAUAUCUUGGUUAUACACGUUGAAGACUUUAAUUGCGUGAAUUUCCGUCUAGUUGGACCUGAAUACACUGGUGCACAUGAUGACUUAGUAACAGAUAUGGAGCUAUAUUAUAUGGAAGAAAAGAAUCUUUCUCCUGUUACUGGUCCAAGCGUAGGUGGAAUAUAUGCAGCGGGUCACGAGGAGUCAUGGUUCAGAGUGAAGGUGCUAAGUAUUUCUGGUGAUAAAGUCAUGGUCCUCUUCAUGGAUCAUGGAGACAAGGAAGAAAUAGAUCUGACAAAGCUGCACCACCUUCAGAAGAGAUUUUUUUAUCUUCCACCACAGCACCUUAGAUGUUCCCUGGCAGGGCUGGAGUAUGCCAGGAGGGACAAGAGUUCAUUAGCCCUACUUCAGGACUUGGCUCUUGGACAACCUCUGGUAGCCCAAGUCAUUAACCGGCAAGAGCAUAUUUCUCUCAUCCUCUUCAACACUAUGACAGAUGAAGAUAUCAAUAUCAACCAGAAAGUUUCAGAUCACCUUCAGCAUAAUUUUGUAGAACCAACUCUUCCAUCUGUAGGAGGUGUAGCAGAGGUCUACCUGAUGCAUGUCACUCCUGAGGGUGAUGUGUUUGUUCAGAUUGAGUCAGAAACCUACGAGGUGCUUGAGAGCCUUCUUGAUGUGGCCAGACAUCGCGCAAAGGAAAUGCUUGGGGAAAAUGUGCAGAUUGACCUAACUCGUCUGUACUUGGCCCGUUUCAGUGAAGAUGGAGAAUGGUACCGAGCAGCUCCAAGGAGUAACAUAGAUCAAGAUGGCAAGGUUCAGAUGUGGUUUGUGGACUUUGGUAACUCAGACCAAGUGGAUUCUACGAACAUAAGGCUACUGGAGAGUGACCAGCUAAAGAAAAUCCCACACCAGGCUUUGCAGUGUCGUCUACACAAUGUCCCAUCAACCACAGAACUUCAGUGGACUAUUAGAGCUUGUCAACGCCUAAUAGAAUUAUCACCAGAAGAUGUACCUCUGCUUCUCAGGGUGCAUACUGCUGGGACAAAUGGUGGUCCUCCCAUGGUGGAGUUGUUUAAGAGGAUUCAACCGCAGAAUGAGUUGGUUUCUAUCAAUGCAACUCUAAGCAUGGACACUUCUCUUUUUAGUUGUGAUGGUGACAGAAACAACAACAAUUUUGAAAAGGAGGUAAUAUUGUCUCCCACCCGAACGAGGUCCCGACGGUCUUCCGCUACAAGCCAGUCAUCCAGUAGUCAUGGCAACUCGGGUCCAUCCUCCAUGAAUACAGGUAGCUUGUUUGGGUCUGCACCAGCUUCACCUCAUCUUAAAAGAAUCUCCAGACCAGAAUCUCCAUUUGACUUAAGUUCAAGGCAAAAGACUGCAGUAUCCCUGGUCCCCCAAGAAAUUCCUCGUGUUGGAGACUUCUUUGAUGUCUUUGUCACCUAUGCUGCAAAUCCAUCUAAUUUUGCUGUCCAGUCAUGGAAAAUGACCCAGAAGCUAUCAUCAUUAAUGUCUGACCUACAGAAUUACUAUGAGGACAAGAACAAUAAACAAUCAGUGGUAAUUAAUGUCAGAGAAUAUUAUGCUGUCAAGCACAACGAUGACACAUGGUACAGAGCAACUAUAUCUAUGAUUCAAGAGGAUAUAGUAGCUGGUGUAUUUGUUGACUAUGGAGAUUGUUUUGUUUCAUCACGUGAUAGAGUCCUUUUCUUCUUCCUUCUGCCAUUUGCCGUGUCAGGCUAUCAAAGCCAAAUUACAUGGUAUUGAAGCUGCCAACGUUGACUGGAGUACUGAGGAUUCCUGUCGAUUCCAAGCAUUGACAGAAAACCGUGAAUUUGUGUCAGUGGUGAAGGAAAUUGAGGGGGAAAGUAAGGAAUCUGUCAUACUUUCUUUAAUACUCAUUGAUACCACUGAUAAAAAGUUGGAUGUCUAUAUUCAUGACCUUCUUAUAAAGGAAGGACGAGCUGUGAAAAAGAAUAAAAAAAAGUCCUAAAUUAAUUGCGAAUUGCUGUCUGCUCUUCUGACAGUAAUUAUAUGCAAAUUCAUGCUCGGAGUUGAAUAUACAUUGACAUUUAAGUGAAAGGAAUGGUGCUCUUAUGUUAGUUACUAUAACAGUGAUAUGUCUAGGAAAGUGCAGUGGUUAUUUUGACCACUUUAUAUAACAGGAAAGGAUAGUGGUUUUCUUUUUUUUUUUAUAAAGUAUUUUUAUAACCUAUUUACUAAGUAUACAUUAGGCAAGUUAUGGCAUCUGUUAUCGAUGCUCAAGCUGCCUUGUUGAUAACUAAAAAUUUUCAUAAAGAAUAGAUUUAUUUCUCUUAACAUAUAAACCAAAAACUUGUGAUCACUAAACUUGCAGCUCACUUAUAGCUGGGUUAAGUCUUAGUAGAAUUUGCAAAGUGGUGCCUAUUUUGUGAAUAUCUUUUGAUUAUGCUGUAACUGGAGAAAUGUAUAUUUAGCUCAGGAGUUUUUCUUUACCCAUGUUUUUUAUGUAUGCAAUAAUAACCAUACAUAUUUCUCGCAGUAAUAAUUUGUGUUUUACAGUACAGUAUCUCAGUAGAUCUAAUUCAAUAUCAAUAGCAGUGCAUGUAGGAUGACUCAGAAUAUCUUCUUUAUGAUUACAUUAUUGAGGAGUUGUUGGAUAUGAGUAUUCUAGUAACUCAAAAUUUUUAACCAAAAGGCCUUGAUUCAACUCCCACUUGAGAGUUCUACUCCCAAAUCUGUGUCGAGUUAAUCAUUGGUAUUGUGUACACCCACGACUAGCUCCUUUGUAUCUAGGAGCUUCUAAAAGCAGUCAUUGGGAAGUUAAGGAUGACAUUGUAAGGAAGAUUUGUGCUGACCCAUAAUUUGUGAAUUGCUUUGGUUUGGUAUAAGGCUAAUACAAUGCUUAAAAAAAAAAGUAAUAUCUGCAGUAUAUAUAAAAAUAUCCUACAUAAAAAUAGCAAACUUCAGUAUUUAAAAAUGUGAAAAAAAAUAAAGUGAAUAAGCAUGAUGUAUUUUUUCUGUUUCUGGUUAAAUGUUGUGUUUAUUUAUCCAUUUAGAGAAACAGGUGUAACUAGUCUGGUCUAGUCAUUAUAGACCAAAUAACUUCAAUCCAAGACAUAGCAAUGGUAUAAAGCAGUAUUUUUGUUGUCAGAAAAUAUAAUCAUUGACCAUGGAUUACUUUGCUAUAGUUGCUAUAGUGUGAACCUGAAAAUGUAUCACUAUGCUCUAGUUCCAUGAAAACCAUUACGUAUAGUAAAAUAUUUUAUUUGCUUGUUUUGUUAAUAAAGGGGGCCCCCAAAUUCGCGGUCCUCUAUUAUUCACGGAUGACACCCUGGAUAUACCUAAGAAUGUCCUGUGGGUAGCUUUAAAGUUGCCGGAAUUUUCACGGCUGGGACAGGGAGCCAUUUGUUCUAGAGACAGUAAUUUUCUUUACCUGUAUUAUAAAUAUGUGUGUAGACACACACACCAAACACGUACUACAAUUAAAUAAUUGGAAAAUCCUCUCACAAAU